GGCAGGUUAUGACCGAGAGAACCUUGUCGGCACAUUCAUAACCAUAAAUCGUAAAUACAAACGGAGACGUAAUUGGUGACUUGUACCGGCAUCGACAUCCGCACCUCGUGAUUCAAGCUCUGUUCAGCGCAUUCCCUGUUUUCUUGCUCGGAGAUUUAUGAAACAUUGCCCAGCGAUUGACGACGACUCGACCUCACGAAUAACUGAUUGAACAAGGCAAUACAAUCACUUUCCACAACCCAUCAGCACAAACCAUCAGCACUACCCUCCCCGCCAUCGACAUUGCCUUCAGCAAAACUCGUCAUGUCCGGCAUCGAGGAUGUACAGAGUCAACGCAAAGACUACAGACACCCACACAGCGGCCAUAACCCGAUACCAACAAUAUCUGGAUAUCGCGAAGAGCAGCAACGGAGAGAUGAGCGAUACGGCAUUCCAGACGACCAAGAGGAAACGAACGAACGAAGCAGACGUGACAAGCUCGGUGAUGCGUACAACGCCUUCACUGGCAAAGAUGACGACAAUGCAGCGGAUAACGGCCCUACAUACCCAGCCGUAAACAAGAACACGAUACAAGAUGAGCCAGAGGCGGAGGAUCAUGCUGGACAGACCCACUUCUCGAAAAACACACAAUCAACACAAGACCAGGGCUCUCAGGACGGGUUCGAAGACACCACAGAGGGUUCACAGUAUGAGUCAAAUCCGAAAAAGGCGCGCAAGAAGAUGAAGAAAUUUAAUGCCGAUGGAACGAAACGAGAAGUUACGGAUCCAAUCACACAUCUGCCCGUCACAAUCCAUGAUUUUACCGACAAGGACCUGAAGAGCAUAGAGGUCAAUAAUCCGCCUGUGGGUUUUGAACCAAAGACAAGGACCGGAACGGAUGGCAUUGAAAAGACAGACGAGCAUUUUGAACAGGACCAGCAGGAUUCACAGGACUCGCACGCCGGCAUGCAAGCACUCUUUCCGCCUCCCGACUUCGAUGCAACACGAAACGAGAUUACCACUGUGUAUAUGCAUGCCGUCACAGUAGGCCUAGGAGUCAUUGCUGUUAGUCUAAUAACAGUGAGUGCGCUGUUUUCACCCACACGCCACACAACCAACUGGACAAGACACAUGUUCCGGGUUGUCGAAUAUGCAUCCAUGCUGGGGAUCUCAGCAGGUAUCAUAAUAUUCAUGCGGCAAUGGACAGCAAAUAGAAUUAAGAAUGUAUGGGAUGUCGAGGUUUGGCAUGCAGAGCGGAAGAGAGGCCGAAAGCUGGCAAAAGGCGCGAGUGCUGAGAGUGCGCAAUGGCUGAAUUCUCUCCUUGCGUCCGUGUGGCCGCUGAUCAAUCCUGACUUGUUUACUAGCAUCGCUGAUACUCUUGAGGAUGUUAUGCAAGCUAGUUUGCCGAGCAUGGUUCGUAUGGUGGCCGUCGAAGAUCUCGGACAAGGAAGUGAAGCGAUCCGAAUCCUCGGCGUCCGGUGGCUUCCCACUGGCGCCGCUGCCAGAUCUGUUGGCGCCGAUGGAAAGCUAAAAUCUGCAGACGAGGAGAAGGGCGAUCGAACUGUACAAGACAAUGGCGAAGGCGAAGAUCCAGACGCAGCGCAUGAUACUAUGGAGGCUGAAGAGGGCGAUUUUGUUAAUGUCGAGGUUGCGUUCGCAUACCGACCCUCUACUGGACGAGGUAUCAAGUCACGAGCAAAGCGUGCCCAUCUUCUUCUCUCAUUCUACCUUCCUGGAAAAGUCAAGCUUCCCGUUUGGGUACAGUUGUCAGGAUUUGUUGGUGUUGUACGUCUCCGACUGCAGCUUACUCCGGACCCACCGUUUUUCUCAAUCUGCACUUUGUCCUUCUUGGGCCAACCGAGAGUAACUCUUGGAUGUGUGCCACUCAUCAAAAAGGGCCCUAACCUCAUGGAUGUGCCCCUGAUUUCAUCUUUUGUGCAGUCUUCUAUAGAUGCUGCACUCGCCGAGUACGUGGCGCCCAAGUCACUGACGUUAGACCUCAAGGAUAUGAUGAUGGGCGAUGACUUCAAGAAAGACACGCUUGCGCAGGGUGUUUUCGUCGUUCGCAUCAAGCAUGCUUACGACUUCAAAGAAGGUGACGCAAGCUUUGGCCCCCUUAUCAAGGGCUCUGCAGACCCGUACGUAAGUGUAGCAUGGGCCAAAUUUGGGAAGCCGUUAUGGUCGACGCGUGUCUUGCAGAAGAACAUGGAGCCGUACUGGGACGAGACAUGCUUUGUGCUCGUUACAUCUGCUGAGCUUGACGUUGAUGAGAAACUGAGAAUCCAGCUAUGGGAUUCGGAUCGCACGACUGCUGACGAUGAUCUUGGACGCAUCGAGCUAGACAUUAAGGAGGUGAUGAAGAGCAAAGAAACCAAUGGCAAAAUGUGCGAUCGGGACGACGGUUUCAGGGCCGUCAAGGCUGGUGAGCCCAUGCCUGGCAGGCUAGUCUGGAGCAUCGGCUACUUCUCCAAGAAUAGGAUUACCGACGAGCAGUUGACAAGGCAAGAGGAGGAUCCCAAUAUCAAGACUAUAGAGCAGCUGAAGAAAAAGGUGUACGCAGAUGCUGAAAAAAAGCUCAGAGAGGCCACCGAGGAUCAUCGAACUGAAGUUGAACAACAAAAAGCUCAAGACUUCAAGGAGCGCCAGGAUCAACUCAUUAUCGCUUCACCACCAAGCGAAGACUACCCAUCGGGCAUUCUCAGCAUCCAGAUUCAUCAGAUUACAGGGCUGGAACUGGAGGUUCUGAACAAAACCAAGGCAGAGGAGAAGGGCGCAGCUGAGGACGAGGAUGACGGAGAUGAUCAUCUUCCAUCUGCGUAUUGCACAAUCAUCCUGAACCACAAGAAGAUCUUCAAGACCCGCACAAAGCCAAAGAACGCGAAGCCGUUCUUCAAUGCUGGUUGCGAGCGCUUUAUUCGCGAUGUCCGGAAUACAGAAGUUCAUAUUGCUGUCCGCGACAAUCGCGUUCACGAAGACGAUCCGUUGCUUGGUAUCAUCUAUCUCCCGCUUGAGAAGGUAUUCCACCAGCGCAGUCAGGUCAACUCUGUUUUCCCCCUAUCGGGUGGAGUAGGAUACGGGCGCGCACGCGUCUCCAUGGUGUUCCGCAGCGUACAAGUCCAAAUCCCACGAAACCUGCUCGGCUGGGAGUACGGGACUUUGGACAUCAAAUCCGGCGUGAAAGCCAUCAACCUUCCGAAAGACCUGCAGCCUCUCAGGAUGAAGGUCCGCUCUACGCUUGCCAAAGACAAACUGCACUCUCGCCGCAGGAAUGGCAGAGUCAACGAGGAAGAUGGUCAAGCUGUAUGGACAACACGCGGAGACCGCCCCAUCCGCCUCCCAGUACGCAUGCGCUACUCCUCACCCCUAGUCGUCGAAUUCCGCCAAGACGCCACCCUACGCGACCACACCCCCGCCUUCGGCAUCCUCUGGCUCAAAGACAUCCCCGACAACGAGCAAACCACCAUCCGCCUCCCCAUCUGGAAAGGCGACCUCAAGCGCGCAGAAAACAACAUCCUCACCUCAUGCGGCGAGCAAGUCGGCGAAGUCGAAAUGACUCUCACCUUCUGGUCCGGCCUCUCGGGCUACCACAACGGCCUUGCAAAAGGUGACAAGCAUCUCCGCCAGGUCAUGGAAGUCCUCGACAUCUGCAAUGACCAGGAGUGGUCGGACUGGGACGACUCGGACCACGGCGACAACGGCGCGCCGAACCUGCGCUCCAGCGCUUCGCACGACGACGACUCGUCUUCGUCGUCGUCGUCGGAUGAUGAUGAGGACCCAAAGAACUCCAAGCCCGACUUCUUGACUAAGCAUAGAAAGACGGAUUCGAAACUCAGUGAGGAUGGGAAGCGCAGUACUCUGGAUUCGCUCAGGGAUUACAAACAACACACUAAGGAGCUGCAUCGCAAGAAUCGCGGUAUUAUGCAGUGGAAGGGCCCUCGUACGCUGGCGUGGGUGAAACAUGUUGCUGGGCGCGGGACGCACAAGGUGAGCGGCUUGUUUCAUCAUCAUGAUCGGGAUGGAGUGGGUAUUGAGACGGAGGUUUGAUUGCGGGGCUUGGAGGGGAUGACGUGAUGUGUGUGUGUAUAUGUAUAUAUAUUUGGCGUUUGGGUGGGUGGGAAAGCAUACGCGGUGUUCAAAAACGUAGCAUUUUGGCGUUAGUGGAAUUGCAUAUGCUGGUUUCCUCGAUUGAGAGUGGAGAAUUUGUCCAAUUUAAAUACAUGCGCAUUGCGCU